CAAAAAAGGAAAAAUAAAGGCGAGGAGCCGAGAGGCGAGACCGCGAGAGGGAGAGGGCGCUAUACGUAAUACUUUUCUUCUCCCGCCAUUUAUAUCAUUCUUCUAUCAAAAUCUCAACUGUAAUCCCCACAAUUCUCGAAUCAAAUUCACAUCUACAAAACCCUAAGAAUCACAUAACAGUAAAUCUAAAUCCAUACAGAAAGAAAAGCAGAGGAGUUUCACCAAGUGUUGUUUAGGGUGGAUGAAUAUGGCAUUUGAUUGAUAUGUGUUUCAUCUCACCCGCCGUUAUUGACCUUUAAUUCAUACAGAACACUACUUGCAAUUAUUCUCCAGAUUCAUCAAACGACAUCGUUUCGGCAGGACGCUAAAGAUCUCAUAAAUAUGUCAUGGGGAUUGGGAUGGAAGCGUCCCUCUGAAAUCUUCCACCUCACGUUGAAUUACGGCGAGAAUGAUAUUGUCGGCGAUCCAUCUCGGUUCUCUUCUUCCUCUUCUGCAUCAUUAUCAUCGUCUUCUUCUUCCGAAGAGGAGGUAGGAUCUCGGAUUGAGCUAGAUUGGUCUGCAGGAGAUGAUGAAGACCAGGUCGCUCUUAGGCUUCAAUCUCAGCUCAUGGUUGCUCUUCCGCCGCCCCAGGAGUCCGUUGUUCUUCAGUUUCAUCAGGAAGAAGAAAAUGUAGGUGUCGAUAUGAAGGUCGUGAAGCGGAGAGAGCCUCUCCGAGUGAUUACCAUGUCCAAGACGGUUGGGUCGGGGCAGCAGAACGAUGGGAUCGGAGUUCUUACGCGGUUGCUGCGGUCCAAUUUGGGGCCUUCUUCGGGAAUCGAAGAUGGUUCAUGUGGUUAUGCAGAGCACUGGAAGAAUGUCACUGUACUACGCCUCUGUGGAUGCAGUUUGUCAGUGCUGCCUGUAGAAAUAACUCGACUUCCACUCCUUGAGAAGCUAUAUCUUGAUAACAAUAAGUUGCCACUUCUGCCACCAGAGCUUGGUGAAAUGAAAAAUUUAAAAGUUCUCAGAGUUGACUACAAUAUGCUGGUCUCUGUACCUGUAGAGCUCAGGCAAUGUGUUGGACUGGUGGAAUUAUCAUUGGAACACAACAAACUGGUCCGACCACUUCUUGAUUUCAGGGCUAUGGCUGAGCUACGUGUUCUUAGGCUAUUUGGUAAUCCCCUUGAAUUCUUACCAGAAAUCUUGCCCUUGCACAAACUCCGUCAUUUGUCUCUUGCAAACAUCCGGAUUGAGGCUGAUGAUAAUUUAAAAUCUGUGAAUGUGCAAAUCGAGAUGGAGAACAGUUCUUAUUUUGUUGCAUCAAGACACAAACUUAGUGCCUUCUUCUCUCUUAUAUUUCGCUUUUCCUCUUGUCAUCACCCUUUACUAGCAUCUGCUCUAUCCAAAAUUAUGCAAGACCAUGGAAACCGAAUAUUUGUUGGUAAAGAUGAGAAUGCAGUUCGGCAACUUAUAAGUAUGAUAAGCAGUGACAAUCGUCAUGUGGUUGAACAAGCAUGCUUUGCUUUAUCAUCUCUUGCUGCAGAUGUAUCUGUAGCAAUGCAAUUGAUGAAGUCUGACAUCAUGCAGCCCAUUGAAAUUGUCCUAAGGUCCAUGAUCCCAGAAGAAGUAAUUUCUGUGUUGCAAGUUGUUGUCAAUUUAGCCUUUACUUCUGAUACUGUAGCUCAAAAGAUGUUGACCAAGGAUGUUUUGAAAUCACUGAAAGUGCUUUGUGCUCAUAAAAACAUAGAGGUGCAAAGGUUAGCUCUUUUUGCUGUUGGUAACUUAGCCUUCUGUUUGGAGAAUCGCCGCAUUCUAGUUACUUCUGAAAGUUUGCGGGAGCUUCUAGUACGUUUAACAGUUACACCUGAGCCACGUGUGAAUAAAGCUGCAGCCCGUGCUUUGGCUAUUCUUGGAGAGAAUGAGAUUCUGCGGCGAGCAAUAAGAGCGAGGCAGAUUGCAAAGCAAGGACUGCGCAUACUUUCAAUGGAUGGGGGUGGCAUGAAAGGUCUGGCAACUGUGCAAAUUCUCAAACAAAUUGAACAAGGAACUGGAAGGCGUAUACAUGAGAUGUUUGACCUCAUAUGUGGGACAUCCACUGGCGGCAUGCUUGCUAUUGCCCUUGGAAUCAAACUGAUGACAUUGGACCAGUGUGAAGAAAUAUAUAAGAACCUUGGUAAACUUGUGUUUGCUGAGCCUAUCCCAAAGGACAAUGAAGCAGCAACUUGGAGAGAAAAGUUGGAUCAGCUUUACAAAAGUUCAUCACAGAGCUAUAGAGUUGUUGUUCAUGGAUCAAAACACAGUGCAGAUCAGUUUGAGAGAUUGUUGAAGGAAAUGUGUAAAGAUGAAGAUGGUGACCUUUUAAUAGAAUCAGCCUUAAAGGGCACCCCUAAAGUAUUUGUUGUAUCAACUUUGGUCAGCAUGAUGCCAGCACAGCCUUUUCUGUUCCGAAACUAUCAGUAUCCUGCUGGCACACCAGAGAUAACUUUAGCAACAGGAGAAAGUCCAGCCAUCAGUGGUAUUGGAGUAGCUGCUACUGGAGCUCAAGUUGGGUUGAAGCGCAAUGCUUUCAUUGGAAGUUGUAGGUAUCAAAUAUGGCAGGCUAUAAGAGCAUCAUCUGCUGCUCCGUAUUACCUUGAUGAUUUCUCUGAUGAUGUAAACCGCUGGCAAGAUGGUGCAAUUGUAGCAAAUAAUCCCACUAUUUUCGCCAUUAGAGAAGCACAACUUCUAUGGCCUGAUACAAGAAUUGACUGUUUGGUAUCCAUUGGAUGUGGUUCUGUCCCAACAAAGCCUCGAAAAGGUGGGUGGCGUUAUCUGGAUACUGGACAAGUUUUGAUUGAGAGUGCAUGCUCAGUGGAGCGAGUGGAAGAAGAAAUGAACACUUUGCUGCCAAUGCUUCCUGAAAUACAAUAUUAUAGAUUCAAUCCAGUUGAUGAACGUUGUGGUAUGGAACUGGAUGAGACAGAUCCUGCAGUUUGGCUGAAACUGGAAGCUGCAACUGAGGAGUACAUACAAAGUAACUCCCAGGCCUUUAAAAGUCUAUGUGAAAGAUUGGUUUUACCAUACCAAAAUGAAGAGAAAUUGUCAGAGAAGUUUAAGCCGCAGCAAAUUCCUAAAACAAAAGCUUCAAAUGCAGUGCUAGAUGAGAACAGCCCUUCUUUAGGCUGGAGGCGUAUGAUACUUCUUGUAGAAGCUUCUCAUAGUCCUGAUUCAGGAAGAAUUGUCCACCAUGCUCGGUCUCUGGAGACAUUUUGUGCACGUAAUGGUAUAAGAUUGUCUCUUGUGAGCAAAGUAUCAGGAUUCUCAAAGGCAGUGCCAGCAACAACAUUUCCUACUCCAUUUACAUCACCUUUGUUCACUGGAAGCUUCCCAUCAACCCCGCUUUUAUACAGUCCUGAAGUUGGUCCUCCAAGGAUUAGCCGAAUUGAUUUAGUCCCACCACUGAGUUUGGAUGGUUUUCAAAGUGGAAAGGGACCUUCCUCACCACCAAAAUCUCCCUCGGGACCUCGACAGCUUAACUCUCCUGUCAGAUCAUUGCAUGAGAAGCUACAAAACUUGCCCCAGGUGGGCAUUAUUCAUUUGGCUCUUCAAAAUGAUUCAGUUGGUUUAAUCAUGAGUUGGCAGAAUGAUGUGUUUGUGGUUGCUGAACCUGGGGAACUUGCAGAUAGAUUUCUACAGAAUGUUAAAUUUAGUUUGUCGUCAAUAAUUCGGGGUCGUAGUAGAAGGGAUGCAUCAGCUUUAGCGAAUGUCUCUACUAUAGCUGAUUUGGUUGCAUUCAGGCCUUACUUCCAAGUUGGAUGUGUUGUCCAUCGGUAUAUUGGACGCCAAACACAAGUCAUGGAAGAUGACCAAGAAAUUGGGGCUUACAUGUUUCGCAGAACAGUUCCUUCUAUGCACCUAACAGCUGAAGAUGUUCGUUGGAUGGUUGGAGCAUGGAGGGAUAGGAUCAUAGUCUGCACUGGGACAUAUGGACCUACCCGAAGUUUAGUGAAAGCCUUUCUAGACUCUGGUGCUAAAGCUGUUGUUUGUCCAUCGAGUGAACCUCCGGAGAAUCAGUCAACAACAUUUAAUGGCCCAGGUGAGUUUGGUUUGGAGAAUGGGAGGUUUGAAAUUGGAGACGAGGAGGCUGACGAUGAAGAUGUAGAACCUGUAAGUCCGGUGAGUGACUGGGAAGACAGUGACGUAGAGAAAAGUGGGGAGCAACGAACAAGUUGUUGGGUGGACGAUGAUGAACAGGAGUUAUCACGGUUUGUUUGUGAACUAUAUGAUAGGUUAUUCCGGGAAGGGGCAAGACUGGAUGUUGCAUUGAAACAAGCUCUUGGUUCACAUCCAAAAUUACGGUAUUCUUGCCAUCUACCCACGUCAUAGUUUGUAAAAUGAAAUAAAUUUAAGGGGAAGUAACAAGAAGAAGAAUAUAGGUAUACCAAUAAAAUAAUGGAGAAAUGAGAGGAUGGAUCCAAUUUUGAGGCCAAUAGAAAAAACUUGUCAAGUACAUUUGUUUCUUCUUUAUUUAGCUGUUGUACACUGGAAAUUCAGCUAAGUUCUGUAUACCCUUCAAUAUUUAGUUAAUUUAUGGCUUUGCUUCAAGCCUUCAACUA